AUGGCAUCCUCACCAUCAAGCACAAGAUCGGUCCAGAUCUCACUUAUUUCAUACGGCCAUGCCAACGGUCCAAUUGUGCAGCAACAGAAACCCCCGGCAAAAUAUCACAAAACCUUGUCUUACAGCAUUCGACAUUUGCCGAAUCCGCCACGCCAUUUGCGAGUUAAAGCAACUGGUCUGUCGCGGCGGCUCCAGAAGGAGUUUCUUCAAAAUGACGAUGUUGAAGCAUUUUUGCUAAAAGUUCGAGGGGAGAUUUUGAAUGUGGUUAAAAAGGGAGGUGACCUACUUUCAGCUAUCAGCGAGGGGGAACAGGAUGAGAAUAAAAAUGGGGAAUCGGGGGACGGUGAUAUAAACGAACAGCCCUCUCCUGAAAACACAGAAGAUAUCAAUAUAGUCGUGACAAUAUGCUGUGAAGAGGGUCGUCAUCGAAGCGUCGCGUUUGUUGAAGAACUAGCCCGAAGACUGGGCAAUCUUAAAGAUGAGGACGAUGACUUUCCUCAGCACUGGCAAGUGUCGAUCAAUGUCAUGCAUCGUGAUAUCGGAGGAAAUGACAAUGAAGGCGAGCAGUCUCUAGGUCAGAAUCAGCGUCCCAACAAAGCUCAAGCGAAGACUAGACAGAGAGAUCGACGCGAAAAAGAGGAUAGGUUAAAUAGCAGCUCGGAGACAACGGGUAAUUUUCUAGCUAGCAAUUACUCCACAUAG